AUGGUUCUGGUAUUCCAGCAUGCGAGUGUCAAUCUGAGCACAUUUUUAGAGGCAGGUGUACGCUUUCGUCUUUCAUCUUUAUUUGAUCGCGUUAGAAGAUGCCCGUUGAUUACGGUUAGCUUACCGGGUGGAAAUGGAGAUGAGCUUUUUCUAGGCCUCUCUUCGCGUGGAGCAAGCAAUACUCUCCUUGGAAAAGGCUGCUUGGUCGUUCAGGAUGUUGCCGAGCAAGAUUGUCAUCUUCGAGGUCAAUUUCGACCAGUGUUCUGAACCGCCUGCAUG